AUGGUGAAGGAGGAGGAGGAGGAGCAACUGCAUUGUGAACAGUAUUCUGCCUUCCUAAUAAUCUUCGAAACUUUUUAUGGAUUCCCAGAGCACGUUUCUCAUCGCAGUUUUGAUAGCCGUGUUGUUCAGGAUAUGAAGAAAGUGAUGAGUACUUCCCAUCAAGGUGGCUAUUCCCACGAUGCUGUGGUCCAUGCAUUACAAAAAUGUGGCAUUCGUCAUAUUGACACAGCAAAAAGAUAUGGCUGUGAAUCUCUCCUCCAGAAAGCCAUCAGAGAGAGCGGUGUGAAGCGGGAGGACCUCUGGAUAACAACCAAACUGUGGCAUAGCGAUUAUGGCUAUGAAAACACAAAAAAAGCCUGCUUGGAGUCAUGUGAAAGACUUGGUGUUGAGUAUCUUGAUCUUUAUUUAAUACACUGGCCUGAUGCACAUGUUCCGGGUAAAAGUAAUCGAGAGGUCCGAGCUGAAACCUGGAGAGCAAUGGAGGAGCUCUAUGAGAAAGGUUUGUGUAGAUCAAUUGGUGUAAGCAACUUUCUUAUCAGCCAUCUUGAGCAACUAAAGGAAGACUGUGUGAUUACUCCACACGUUAAUCAGGCUGAAUACCACCCUUUCCAAAGACCUCAGGAGCUGGUGGAUUAUUGUAGGAGCAGAGAUAUUGUUUUUGAAGGCUACUGUCCUUUAGCCAAAGGUGAAGCACUCACUCAUCCUAGUAUCAUUCAGCUGGCAAAGAAAUACGGCAGAACUCCGGCACAGAUUUGCAUACGCUGGAGCAUACAGAAUGGGAUUGUCACUAUUCCAAAGUCCACAAAAGCAGAAAGGAUAGAGGAAAACUGCAAGGUGUUUGAUUUUACAAUAGCAGAAGACGAUGUUGAAAUUCUGAAUGGAAUGCACGAUGGCAGACAUGUUUCCUGGGACCCAAGCCCUGUUGUGUGAAUGAAGGUUUGAGCUUUUUCCUUUGCACCAAUCAGUGAGUCGCACCAUGUAACUUAAAUUCAGGGAAGGUUAUAAUAAGAAUAUAAUGGUAAGAUUAAUGUCUGCUGUUAAUGAUAACUGAUUUGAAAUCUUGAACAUUGGUAACAGACAACAGAUAUUUUUGAGGGUAGCACUUUUGUACAGAGAUCUGGCAUUUCCAUCUCAAAUCCUGAUCUGUAGUUCAUUGAAGCCCAUGCAAAGCCUCCUAUGGAUGCCAUUGACCCUGCAUCGGGCCAUUUAAUCAAAGAGCAUGAGGAGAUAUCCCUGUGUUGAAAAUGAGAGAAAAAAUGCUACCAGCCAAGAAUGUACAACACAGGUGUUAUGUACAAAAUAAUUUGCCAAGUACUUUGUUAGAGGGAUACAAUGUAUGAAGAAGAAGAAGCUGGGUGAAAAAAAAAUGUUAAUACCAUUAUUAUUGCAGUAUUUAUACUGUACAAUAUACUGCAAAUCUCCAUCAAAAAUAUCAUCUCACUGUAAUAAGCAAUGUCUGAGCAUCACCAAAAAAGUUUUCUGCAUAUUAUUGCAUAGUAAUGGCAUUGACCCAGAGAGUUCUAUGCAUAGUAUUUACUAGCCUGUAGGUAUAACGAAAUAGAAAUCUUUCCAGAGAAGUCCAUGGACAAAUAAACUGCAUGGCUAAAUGCUGAGCAGCAAGCUCUACGAGCCCAAGAGCUAUCUUCGUUAUCACUGAUCUUAUUUCUCUUCGUGGAAAUCCUGGUGAGUUUUGUGUAGCUUUUAGUAAGAAUUAGUUUAGCUAAUGUCCAGGAAAUCUCAUGAAGAGACUUUCCUCAGAUUUCCUUAUAAAAUAUGUACCUAUAGAGAGAAAGAUGUAGAUAUAGACAUAUGUAGUUUACAGAUCUGUUCUGAGAAAUAUGUCUGCAGAGUCUUUUAUCAGCCAAGUAUUCAACUUGUGGUCACAUUGGUUUGAUAUUUUAGGAGUUCCUGUGUCUAGAAAGGUUUGGAAAAUCCAUGAUUUAUAUUGUGUGUGGACUUCCUGAGGCAGUUUUCCCAGUGCUGUUCUGCUUUAGUCAUAUCGUGAAACAAAGCUCCUUAGUUUUUUAUCGAGAAGUGCCUUACAGGAAUCGUAGAUUCUAGCCUCCAUCGGUUUGUCCUCAAAGUAGAGCUUUUGUACAGCUUGGCUAAAGGACAGACAAACAUAUCUUUUUGACAACAGCUCCUCGGAAUAAUUGGGGUUUUUUUUCCCCUGGUAAACAUUUCUGCAAAAAUCUGCCUAGAUUUGCCUCUGGAAUCAUUAAUGUAUUACUUAUUCUUUUAAAACACAAGAUAGUGUAUGAAACGCGGCGCUCACUAAUACCUGUAUAAUGUAUUCUGUUCCAAGGAGGAUGCACACGCUCCACAGUAAGGGUUAUUUUCUGGAGUUUCGAGCGUGGCCUGCAGUUUGGGGUGCUUCAGGAUCUGCAAAUGUCACUUCAGGUGUCUAAGAACAGCUAUGUACCUGGCUUAACUUCAGUAGUUCCAAACAGUAGGGCUUAUUUAUAAAAUGAAGGUAGUUUUUAGGCUUUAUUUUAGCUUUUGCAUAAAAUUAUGGCAUGACUAAGUGAAAAUUGGAAAGAUUGCCCAGAAAUAAACCUUUCUACUGGUGGUCAUCAGCUAAUCCUGCUUUUGAAAAGUCAUUUUAUAGAACAAUACCUUGGCAAUAUGAAAAAUAGACCUGUUGCUGUGCUGUUGAGGGACUCCUUGCUUCGCAGUGCACCUGAAUUCAUAAAACAAGGACUGGAAGUGAAUCGUGUGCCUCGUCUUCGCUCACUGUGCCUUUUGGGCAGUGAAGACUUUCUCAGAAACUACAAAAGAGAAGUCCGAGGUUUACCUCUAGUUCUCUCUCGAGAAACAGACAUCAAGAUACGAUUUCCAACACAAAUGCUGCACACAAAGCGAACCAAAUCUUCAUGUAUGCCGAAUUCUAGCUUCAGUAUGACCAGGACAGUAUCGGCUCGGGCUAGUUACGUGGCUAGAAGUCCCAUGGUGGUCAGACCAGCUCUGUUUUUUCUGCACCCAUUUCUGACCGAUUACCUCCCUGCUCUGAGCUAAACAGAACUAAACCAGAGUUUCUUGCUAAUCCCCCGCAUGGAUGGCUUUAGGCUACAGUGAGGAUGGCUUCCGAAUUCAUUGAUACGUUUCAUUGUUCCCUCUGUCAAAGGGAUUUUACGACGGGUUUUGUGUCUGCAUCUGCUUUCUCUAGGAAGUCAAGCCACCAUUUUCUCUGAUCUAGAUCACGGUAUCUAAGCAGUACAGGGAGUAAUGAAAGGAAUAAUCAGCUAGAAAUAGUAUUACUAAAAAAGCAUUCUUCUGAAGGAGCAGUUGGGGCAAGUUACAGUUUUAAUCUGGUAUUUUCCUAACUGCCUUCAGACUUAACUGGUUUUGGUUCAGGACUUUUUUCUGGUGGGUUUGGUGGGUUUUUUUGUAAUCUUUCCUAGCAAUCCCUUUGCUACCAGGUAGUGGCUUUAGAACUACGGAAGCUAUGUACAAGGUCGAGCGUGAUUUGAGGCAACAGAAGCUUUUUUAGUGGCAGGACUCAGCUGACCCACGCUGGUUUUCUGCCAGAAGCUGUAACUGCCCCCAGAGACUGGAGCCCUGCUCUCUCCUGUGUGCUUGGGAUCCAUCGCUGGAGCCUCUUCCUCUGAAUAUGGCAUUCACCAGGUUCAUACUGUGGUAGUUAAUUUAGAAUUAACACGGAGCAAAUCCUCUUUUCAUCAGGUUGCAGAGGGAAAGACUGACUCAGUGGACUCAUAUUUUAUGCUCCUCUCUACAACUAAACUGAUGUGUGGUAGGUAGGUUGCUUUUUAAGCAAAGGCUGCUGAAGAGUAAGUCCACAUCACCUCAUCUAAAUGAAAGUUUCCAAACUACAACUUUGAUCGUAGUAUAAAGAAAUAAGACAAUGAAUAAGAAAUUGGAAAGUGAACAGUAGUGAGAUGUAGGGGUAGCAGUGAGGAGUGAUGUUCUGUAACAGAAGCGGAACCUCGAAGACCAAAAGGAUAUAAAAGUGCUGAACAUAAAAAAAUCAAGAAGUUUAACUCCAUUUUUUGUUUCUUCUUUGGUCAGUUAGCCUGGAGGGGGGCAUUCUCUAAGAUUUUUUUAUUUUUUUUUUAAAACCUCAGAAUUCAUCCCUCAAGUGAAUUCUUGGAAUCAUAUGCAUAUUCUUCCCCAGGGCUGAAAUUCCUCCUCUUGUCCAUAUUUCUGUAAGACAUCUCUGGAGAGAAAGCUUUUUCACCUUUCUACCAUGACCAUUUUUAAGAUGUAGCAAUGGAUCCACGUUAUCGGCAUAACCCAUCAGCUUGCCGAUGGGAACAGGGAUUACACCUGAAUAUUGAAGGCGCUUUUUCUUCCAUAAUUACGUAGGUCGUUUAUGGUAGCGACUGACUGGGGCACUCCUUUCUAAUUGAGAUAAACCACUAUUUAACGUAAGAUGCAAUUCAUCGGUGUUAUCUACCCAAGUGCGAUCAGCCACCUUUGCAGGAGCUGACUCCCUUGCAGGAGCUGACUCCCUUGCAGGAGCUGACUCCUUUGCACUGUGACUCUCAGUGGAAGGGAACUCUCCUGAAACCAAUAAGGAAAGGAAAAAAAUAAACUGAAAGUCGGUGGAAAGGGUGAGGCCGUUUUCUGUGCAGCCAAGUAGCUUCCUGCCUGACUCGGAGUGGCUCCCUCUCUCCUUUUUCUUGCCUAUUUCUGAAUUUCAUCUUUUGUAUUACUGGGGAUGAAGGCACCUAAGAACUUUUCACUGGAAGGUAACGGGAAUGGUUUUGUAAAGUGCGUACUUCAGGAAAAUCUUUUUAAAUUGGGCUGCAGAAGCGUUUCUACUGCACCUGACCCCCCGCUUCACUUUCAAGACACUGUUUUUCUGACUAGCAUGUGUAAUAAAGAAACCGUAAGUUCACAAAUCCACUAAGCCAAGCAGACCGUGUAAUAUUCACCCUUCUUUCUGCACUUUGGUUAACACCAGCUGAUUUUCAUUUUUUAAAAUAGCAGUGGCAAACUGUUCUGACAGGAAAGCUGACGUUAACCCCACGGCUUUAAAAAUGGGGACAGAGGUGGAGUAGGGCUUGCCGACGCUGACCGACUCCUUCCACGGGGCCACGCUUCGAAGCUCAUCUCUGACCAUAGGCGUGUCGGGGAAAACCAACCCACGGGCCAACCUCCUGGCAGUUUCUCACGUCGCUGUGCUGGCCGUCUUCUUCUGUACUUAAUCUUUUGGCGCUUUUUGCAGCCUCCAUUAAGAUGUCUGCAGGUUUGAAAGAAAACAUCGAGUGUUUGGCACUGCCUCAUAGGGAGCCUGUGUUAUAUUUGUGAUAGAAAUGAUGCAGCCUCGAUGAACGGCUGCUUAUCCCUCUGCAGUGUCACAUAGGCCUAAUUACAGCUGCCAGGCCAUUAUAGGACAGUAAUGACUUCGAAGGGACCAGAGCAUGGGAACUAUCUCCAAAACUUGCCACUACCCGUUGGGAAAACAAACAAACAAGCACAAAAAAAACCCAAAAAACCCCACCAAAAAAAAAGAGGUGCACAAAGCCUGAAAUGAAUGUAAACCAGUGACGCUGGUAUCGCCUCCCGGUGCCGUGCCGUGCACCGUGAACCAUUGCAGGCACGGCCAGCGUGUGGGAUGUGCUUCUGUGAGCGACUCUGCACAGGUCCAUUGUACCAGAUCUCAGUCGCUGUGCCCAAGAGGAAUGUUUAUGACCUUCACCGUGGCUUUGCUAGCCAGUGCCCGUUGAGGACCGGUCUGUAGCUGAACAGGAAAUUUGAGGACUGUACUAAUAGGGAAUUCAAGAGUAUGUCAGCAGCGUGAUCAUCCUAUUAAUGAGUGCUCUGAUCUUUCUCCAGCAAAAUAGAUUUCCAGGGCUUUCUAGAUGAGGCUUCAAAAUUGCAGUGUAAUGAACUAGGGUUAAGUUCAUAACUCGGCCAUGAAAUUUGGAGCAGGGUGGGGGGGGGGAUGCACGGUUACUUUCACAGUUUCCCGGUAACAAGGAGAGCAGAGAUUGUUAGGUUGUUUUGCUGGGUUCUGUUUUUCUUUUUUCUACAAAUUCAUUCUUUCCGACUGGUUCUUCACGACCUGGAAUUCAUCCCACUGAAUAUCCAUAUGUACAGUCUUGCCAGGGUGAAUUUACAGUAAAUCGCUUGCUUCGGGCGCAGUAGAAAGGUGGUAGGAGAUGCACCCGAAGCAAAGCUGUCAAGGUCAUACCUAUGCGGUGGUAAAAAUUCACUUUCCUGAUGUUGAAAAAAUAUAUAUUUAAUGGGCUCGUUACAUUAAUGAAACAGCAACCAGCCGUUCUAUAUCACACGGUUUGUGAGAUUUUUGCAUGAUUAUCAUGAAUGCCUUAUAAACCAGAUAUAAGAACCUUUGAUUAAUCUGAAAAAUUAUCACAGGUGGGUUUGUGUCUUUUUUUUUUUUCAAGAAAUGGUUAUUUUACUGCUCCCCCCCCAAUAUUACAGGUAAAUAAUAUCUGUAAUCUGCUAAAUAACUGCAGAUUUUCCAUCUAGGACUUCUCUUCCUUCAGCACAGCGCGCUAGCUCAGUUACCAUGCCCAUUGAUCCCUUCAGAUUACCCGAACGGGAAACCUACAGUAGGGCUUCAGCUGCCUGGUCCCUAUCACUGGAAGAGAAAAAUAACUUCCAGGAAGCUUUCCAGUGCUGCAGGAUCCAGUUUCGUUACUGUAGAACUUCUGCUACAUUUUACUGCAGAUGAAAACACCGUACCUGGUGGGCAGAGGUACGGGAGUGCGUUACGGUUUGGGGCGCGAUGCUGUGCAGUAAAACCGUUGCUUGUCCCUCUCUCAAGUACUUCAGUUCUUUCCACGUGGAGUUAAGCUUUUCCUAAUGUUCUGUUCAGUUUAGCCAGCUAAAAAUAAAGUACAGACCCUCACAAAAGUGAAUGUAGCAAACUUUUUACAACGGCCUUUUAAAACAAAAAAGGCCAUUUAAUGACUAUUAAAUUCAUGGAUAUCAAGAAU